AUAAAGACAAUUGUGUCAAUAAAGUUUAUUCAAACAAACAACCGGACGUCACACCACAAUGGCGGCCAGCACAACAGUGACAGUUCUGACUCCCAAUGGAAGAAGACAAACCGUAAAAAUAUCACCAAACACACCUUUGCUACAGGUCCUCGAAGACGUCUGCAAGAAACAUGGAAUUAAUCCUGACGACCACGGUUUAAAAUUUCAGAGGAACGUUCUGGACCUGUCGCUUCAGUGGAGGUUUGCCAGCGUGCCAAACAAUGCCAAGCUGGAGGUGGUGACCAGCACCCGGAAACAGACAGGGACCGACAGCCCGGUGCGUAUUGCCCUGCAGAUGGAAGAUGGUACCAGACUCCAGGGUACUUUCUCCAGUGGACAGACACUAUGGGAGCUGCUCACACACUUUCCCCAGACCAGAGCAUCUGAGUUGUCUGAAUCAGGUUCCACUCCUGUCUGUGUUUACAUGAGAGAUGAGGUGAGUGGUGAGGCAGCUCUAAAGAAGGCCAGUCUGAAGUCCUGGGACUCACAGGAGGAAGUGCCAACAGGUUUUUACUGA